CCUUGGACACAUUCUUCCUGGGACAGUCAUUCUUAGUCCCAUCAAGCAGGGGGAAGGCAUCCUUCUUUUGUCCUUUAUCUUCUUCAUGACUAGCGCCAUCGCCAAUCUGCUCUCUGACUUUUCUCCGCAUCAGGGUAGCAAUUUACAAAGUCAGGAUUCAGAAGAUUUCUCCCCCUCCAAGGAAGGUAAGAUUUCUCGGAAAGGACCAUCAUGGAAAUCAGAAGCUUCUCCCAUCGCAGGGAAGAGGAGCAAAAGGAAGAGAGGCACAGAAAUCUGCAAAUGAGCUCUAGAACUAGGAAGGCAAAGUUCAGGACCAGCGAAGAAGAGGGCUUCACGCUUUCAGAUUUCUCCAUAGCAUCAGCACUUGCCUUGACAGCGGAAGUAUCAUGGGAAACCAAAAUGAGGCGGGAGGCUGCUGUUCUGGAGCUAGAGAAGAGGGGGCAGAAGAGAAUCCGUUUUGGGAACGACAUGGAGAAGCUGGAGAAAACAGUCAUUAGGAACUGCCGAUCCUUGCGUGUGAGGGCUGACAAAAAGGCCCUUCGAAGAAAGGCUGAAGCAAAGGCACAGCUGGAAAAGGAGGUCAUUGAAUUGUUAUCUUGCCGGCCACCUAUGUUCUGGAUCCCUCUCCGAGCUCAUGCAGUCUGGGAAAGAAUGAGUGUGAAAUUGGAAUGUACGAUCCUUGCUUCUCCUCUGCCACAGGUGACCUGGUAUAAAAAUGGAGUUCAGAUUGAUCCCCUCCUAGCUCCAGCUGGGAAAUACAAGAUGAAGAAUGAGUUUGGAAUGCUUUCUUUGGACAUUAGCAGAUGCUCCAUGGAUGAUUCUGCUGAAUACAGUGUGGAAGUGAAAAAUUCGUAUGGCGAGGCCUACUCAUUUGCAACUGUGCUUGUCAGGAAAUAUUAUGGGACGGAGUCUGGAUUUGACUCAGAGAUCUAUAAAAAGUCACUCAAGGAUCUCGAGGCUGACUUUGCCAGCAUUUUGAAGCCUGUCUUUUCCAGAGAGAAGGAGCCCUUCACACUCCGCUGCACUUUCACUUCAGACUUGCAAGAAUACCAGCGAGACAUCAGCUGGUUCAGAGACGGUGAGUUGCUGAAAGAUUCCGAUCACCGGCAAAUACAAUGUGAGGAGUGGGAGGCUUCUCUGAUGGUAUCUUGCGCGUACAAAGAAGAUGAAGGGUUUUACAGUGUCCGCAUCCCAACACAAGAUGGGUACAAUGAGCAAAGAGCUUAUGUGUUUGUCAGGGAUGCCACAGCUGAAACAGCCGGAGCUCCUGGGUCACCCCUCUGUGUGCACUGCCACGAUGUCAAUAGUAACAGCCUCAUCCUUUCCUGGAUUACACCCAGUGAUAACGGCGGAAGUCCUAUUAUUGGCUAUUAUAUUGAAAGGUGCAAAGUGGGCACAGAUGAAUGGGUGUCAUGCAAUGACAAGCUCAUGAAAACCUGCCGAUCUCCCAUUUUGGGCCUCACUGAAGGAAAGACAUAUCAGUUCCGAGUAAAGGCUGUCAACCGUGCAGGCAUCAGUAACCCAUCAAAGGCCAGCAACCCAGUGACAAUGAUAGAUCCAAAUGAGAGCAAAAGAUUGAUAAAUAUCCCUUAUAAUGAUGGGAUGAGGACAAUUACAGUUUCCAAAGAUGAACUUGAACCCAAAGUCAAAAUCCCUUUGCCACCCACCAAUGUCCACGCCACUGAGAUCAGGGAAGAUUAUGUGGUCCUCUCUUGGGAUGAGCCAGACCCUAGAGGCAAAGAGCCACUGAGUUACUACAUAGAGAUGUCAAUAGCAGGCAGUAAAAGUUGGCAGAUGGCUAAUCUGGACAUCCCAGUGAAUUCCACAACAUUUGCUGUCUUCAAUCUGGCCAAAGGGAAGUCAUAUUGUUUCCGAGUACGAUCUGUGAACAAGUAUGGAGUGAGUGAGCCUUCCCUGCCCAGCGAGCCCAUCUCAUCCGGUGAAAAAAUAGCUCCCCUCCCACCUCCAUCCCAGGUUCUGGCCUUCAGAGAUACCAAGGCAUCUGUUGUCGUGCAGUGGAGCAAGCCCAAGAAGGGCCAGGAGCCACUUGGCUAUUACAUCUAUUGCCAGGAGGUUGGGACAGAUGAGUGGCAAACGGUCAACAAUAAGCCUGUCACAUGCAAUGAGUUCACCAUUCCGGGGCUCAAAACUGGCAAAGAGUAUGUCUUCUGUGUGAAAUGUGUCAAUGAAGCCGGAGUGGGUGACAGCUCCCCUGAAUCAGAUCCCAUCACUGUUAGACAGGCUAUCUCUUGUCCAUCUGCCCCGCGGGGCUUUGCCUUGCUGAGCUGUGGGAAGGACAACAUGACCAUAGCUUGGAAGCCUCCCAAACGCAAAGGAGGCACAAAAAUCCUGGGCUAUUUCCUGGAUCAACACGAUGUGUCACAGAUUGACUGGCAUGAGAUCAACAUUAAGCCAAUCACUCAACGAGUUUACACGGUCGCUAACCUGGAUGAAGGGCACUUCUACGAGUUCCGUGGUUAUGCAAUGAACAUGGCUGGCGUUGGGAAGGUAUCGGAACCCAGUGACAUUUUCAAGUGUGAGGAGUGGACCAUGCCAGAACCAGGACCUCCCUAUGAUGUCAGGUGUACUGAAGUGAGAGACACAUCCCUGAUGCUCCACUGGGAGCCACCAGUCUAUACUGGAGCAGGUCCUGUCACUGGCUAUUACGUGGAUGCCUGUGAGGAGGGAUCCGACACAUGGGAACAACUGAACAAGAAGCCAGAGUCCAGCACCCACAUGAAGUUGUCUGAUCUGGAGACAGGAAAGUGCUACAUUUUUCGAGUACGGGCCCUGAAUAAGGCAGGGGUUGGUCCACCCUCCUUGCCAUCAGAUCCUGUGAUAGUAAAAACCAAACCAGGUACUAAAGAAAUCGAAGUUGGGGUAGAUAAAGAAGGAUUUAUCUAUAUGGCCUUUGAGGCACCGGAAAUAGUUGACACCUCAGAGUUUAUCUGGUCCAAGGAUUAUGAAGGACCUCCAAAUCCUGACAGGGUCCAGAUUGUAAACAAAGAUGAUAAAUCAAAGCUCAUUUUGAAAUAUGCCACCGAAAGAGAUCUCGGAACAUACUCAGUAGAGGUAACUGACACUGAUGAAGACAUUUCUGCCAGUCAUGUUUUAACCCAGGAAGAAUUGGACAAGCUGCGGAAGAUCAGCCACGAGAUUCGAAACCCCCUGAUUGAGCUGAUAUCUGGAUGGAACAUUGAUGUUCUGGAGAAAGGGGAGGUGCGGCUGUGGCUGGAGGUUGAAAAGCUCUCCCCAGAGGCAGAGCUGCACUUGGUUUUCAACGGGAAGGAGCUUUCAAGCACACCGUCACAUAAGAUCAAUUUUGACAGAGCAAAUGGCCUUGUGGAACUGAUCAUCCAGGACUUCUGUGAAGAUGACAAGGGGACAUACACAGCCCAGCUGAAAGACGGCAAAGCCCAAAACCAGUUUACUUUGGCUCUGGUCAGGGAUGACUUUGAUAAGCUUAAAGCAGAGGUUGAUGCCAAGAAGAGAGAAUGGAAGAAAAAGCAUGGUCCUCAUUUUGUUGAACAACUGCAGUGGAAGGUCACUGAGGACUGUGAAGUCCUGUUGACUUGCAAGGCGGCAAACAUGAAGAAGGAGAGCACCUUCCAAUGGUUCUUUGAUAACAAACCUCGCUCGGAUGGUCAGUACGAUCCAAAGACAGGAGCUGGAGUCCUGUGGAUUAAGAAGUUUGCCAAAGCAGAUAAGGGAAUAUACAAAGCUGAGGUUUCUGAUGACCGAGGGCAAGAUAUAACUCAACUUGAUCUUACUAAGGAAGCAUUUGACGACAUCCUCAGGGAACUUGCCAGGAUCAGUGUGCUUUCUGCAUCGCCUUUGAAAGUCCAGCCUACGGCAGAGGGCAUCAAGAUCUACAGCGAGGUGAAGUACUACACAGAUGCCAUGAAAGGAACCUGGUUCCACAAUGACAAGCGUGUGGAAGGAGGAGACCGACUGAAAAUAGGAACAACCAUGGAGCAGGUUUGGCUACACAUCCUGGAUCCCAAAGAGUCCGACAAAGGCAAAUAUACCUUGGAGUUGUUUGAUGGGAAAGAGUCGCACAAACUGUCAACUGACCUGUCUGGGAAAGCUUUUGACGAUGCAAUGGCUGAACAUCAAAGGCUCAAGGAAGCGGCUGUUGUGGAAGAGCGCCGAGCCAAAGUUGUUCGUGGUCUUCCAGAUGUUGCCACCAUAAUGGAGAACAAGACUCUCUGCUUGACGUGCAUCAUAUCUGGAGAUCCUUAUCCAGAGAUCACGUGGUACAAGAACGAGAAGGUCAUCACGUUCCAAGACCGGUACAAGAUGGAAGUGAAAGAGACCAUUAUCACAAUCACCAUCGACAACGUCUGCAGUGAGGACACUGGGAAAUUCAGCAUCUUCGUCAAGAACAAGUGGGGCUCUGAAACAGGCAGGGUCACUGUCAGUGUGUACAAACACGGGGACGAGCCUAAGGAGAUAAGCGAUGAGCAGCCUGUGCUCUGAGACAGGCCUUUGCUCCAGCACCGUGUUUCUGCACCCAGAGUUGGCAUCUGGAUCACAUGCAGUAAUCAGAAGGAAGAGAUUGGUUUCCUUUCAUCAUAGGCAGAGUAUUUCUCUCUCUCACCACCAGCACAGCUGGAGUAGUGCUUCCAGGACAGACUACUGGCCAUGAUGGCUGUGUUCUACCCAAUGGAAACUAGUGGCUCUGAUUUCUCUUGGGCAGUGAAUCCACUCCAGGUUUUAGUCUGAACAUUCACAGCUCCUUGAAAGUUCAGACUAAAACCUGAAGUGGAGUCGCUUCACUGUCAUCGGAGCCACCUGUCUCCACUGGCUUUACGUCCACACUUGGAGUCAGUGUGCCUCUGAAUACUACUUGCUGGAAACCACAGAAGGGGAGAGUGCUCUUGUGUGUAGGUCCUGCUUGUGGGCGUCCCAUCAGGGCAUCUGGCUGGCCCCUGUGAGAGCAGGAUGCUAGACUGGAUGGGCCUUUAGCUGCCUCGUCACCAGGGCUCUUCUUCCAUUCUUACAAAUGCCUGGAGAUACAUCUCCUCUCCUUUUAGGAAUUAAACACUAGGGACAAAUAAUUCCCCAGCCCCAUGUUAAGCCUCAGUCAGGGGCCAAUGGGGCCCCAUCUGUUUUAAUAUGGUGAAGUCAAUUUGUAUGCGAUGGAUAGUAUCACUGGUGGUGUGAAGCUGACUGAUAACGCUGAGGGGGCUGACUUAAUGGCAAUGAACAAAAUUGCACCUGGCCUACAGUCUGUUUCUUAAGAGUUAGAUCAAUCCUUUAAAAAAAAAAUUGAGGACAGCUUGAAACAAACAAGAUCUGGGCCUUACUGGCAGGGCGGGUGGACGUAAAUCAAAGCGAUUUGAAUGACUGAUUUAAUCUUGGCUUAAAUCACCAAGGAAAGUAGAUCUGUUUAAAUAACUGGUAUAAAUCAAGUUUCCCAUUUUGAAAUGGGAAGUUUCCCAUUUUGAAAUCAAUUUUCCCAUGCCAGCUUGUCCCUAUAAUAAUUGAAAUAGAUUGGCUUGCACCUUUUUUUAAAGCCUUUUUGCAACUUUGGAACAUUAUCCAAAACUUUUAGUUAUGCAGCCCAUAAGACAUGUCUUCUAACAGUGACAUUCUAUGCAUGUCUCCACAGAAGGAUGCCCUAUUGAAUUCACAAGGAAAUAUGUAUAGGUUUUCAAACAGGGACAAGAGACAGGUUUCUGUCUGGGUCUCUGUGUACACAUGGAAAAAUACUAAGCAAAACCCAUUUCCCCGGGAGAUCCCUGCUCUGGUGGGCGGUCACUAAGGAGUAGCUUAGACUCCUGAUUGGUUAGCACCUUGGCCCAGGAAGCAGCCUGGAAUGUGGGCCAAUCAGAGUAUCCAGCCCAGUGAGAAGAGUCUGGGAGAUAAACCAGAGUGAAGACUUUCUCCCUCUGGUUUGCACGUGAGCUAUUGAAGUCAUCCUGGGCCUAGAUGGGAUGUGUGGGUGAUCCUAGUGAAAUACAGGAAGGUAGCUUGUUUGUCCCAUGGGUGAUAUGCAUUGCUAAUCCUGCUCAUUGAAGUGAAUGGAUAUGACUAACUGAGGUUCAUUAAUUUCAGUGGGUCUACUCUGAGUAGGACUUGAAUACAGCCCCUGGUCCAGAAUGGAAAUUAAUACAAUGGAUACAAUAAGUAUUCGCUGUUGCUUUCAGUCCACAUGAUACGUAACUGAUUACAUUUUUCCCCAUUUGCAUUGCUUUCCUUCGCAUUAAAAACAUAAGAAGAGUCCAGCAUCUUUCUUUCACAGUGGCCAGCCAGAUGCCUAUAGGAAGCCCACAAGCAGGAUCUGAGUGCAAGAGCGCUCUCUCCUCCUACAGCUACCUGCAACUGGUUUUCCAAAGCACACUGCAUCUGACUAGAAGGUAGCGCACAGCCAUCAUGGCCAGCAGCCACUGAUAGCCUUACCCCUGCAUUAAUUUGUCUCAUCUUUUAAAGCCACCCAAGCUGGUGGCCAUCACUGCCUCUUGUGGGAGCGAAUUCCAGAGUUUAACUAUGCGCUGCAUGCAGAAGUACUUCCUUUUGUCUGUCCUGAAUCUUCCAACAUUCAGCUUCAUUGAAUGUCCACGAGUUCUAGUGUUAUGAGAGAGGAAGAAAAUGAACUGAAAUGAAUGGGGAAAAAUAAUGUAAUGACAACAUAAUUUAUUGACAUGAUGUAAUUAAUUACAUAUAUUACGUAAGUUGCAUAAUGUCAGCUCAGCGGACACCGAGGCAGAUAACGUUUUUGGUUGAAGAUGAACUGCAGCAGAACGGAAACAAUACUGCAUGUGGUGAAUAUAGGGCAGAACAGAAAAAUGAUGCCUUAUUGCAUCCCUAGCUGGUGGUUGGGCCUAUCUAGGCAUGUGCACCCAGGAACUAACCAAGCAAGAGGAUGAGAUAGGUGCAAUGGACCUCCCCUUUCUACAAAGCCCCUCUGAAGGACAACUGCUACAAUGAGUUGACAAGAGAGCAUAAGAAUGUCCAUCUUUAGUCAUCCUUUUUCCACCCAGAUGCCUCAUGGGAAACUUACAAGCAGGGCAUGAAGAUCUUCCCCAUUGUGCCACCACCCAAACACCCACAUAUCCACCAACUGGCAUUCUGUAGCAUACAGUCUGUGACGUUUUUCAAGCUUGGAAAAGUUACUUUUUUGAACUACAACUCCCAUCAGCCCAAUCCAGUGGCCAUGCUGGCUGGGGCUGAUGGGAGUUGUGGUAUAGUGAACUGAGCUUGUGAAAGCGCCAGCCUGAGUCCAGAGGGGUUCAACUCCAUAUCCCUUUGAAAAUAUUUCUGAACACAGUAGGUUUCAGCUUUGUCAGGGACUUAUAUCAGCGCAUCCAUAGGACCAGUACUGUAUGAAAAUCCCACUGGGAAAAUGUCAACUAGAGGCUAAACUCACUGUGUUAAAAAGAGCUGUAUGAAUCCAACUCUGGAAAGUAUUGGGAUUGAGGUGAUACCAUGAUGCUAGGUCUGCAGUGGCUCAUUCACAAAUUAUUAUUGCGUGAUGUUGGCAUUAUCCUGUGAAGAGCAUGUGUGGAUCAGCUGAGGCAGACAGAGAGAAAAUAAGACGUUCUUUAGAGAAAGGAGAGAGAGAGAGAGAGAGAGAGAGAGAGAGAGAGAAUGAGAAGACAUAACACUAAAGCUAGAUCUCUUUGCAGUGUAGACAUGGCUUAAGCUGGAGUAUAUAUCAAGAUGCUGAAUUCGUUCUUCAUAAAAAACAAACCUCAAAUCAAA